AUUAGGCAUUCACCGUGGCUGUAGUCGAAUUGCGCCGUGCACGCCGUCGUUGUUUGGCUAGUUGAGUCAGCCAGUAGUGGAGUAGUGGCACGUCGUUAGGUGAAGACAGCUCCGAGGAUGUCCAAGAAGCAGGACAAGGUGGACAACGGCAUCGUCGCCGUGAAAAGCAAAUUUGACGCCGACAUCAUCAGAUUCUCCAUGAAUCGUAACGAGCCUAUGAGUUAUGAGGACUUUGGAAAGCUAUUGGCGCAAAGACAUGACCUGGGGGCAGAUUUCAGCUUUUCAAUUUGGUACACGGAUACAGAUGGUGAUUUACUUCCCAUCAAUAAUGAUAACAAUCUUGCGAGGGCUCUAGCAAAUGCUAAGUGCCUGCUUCGAAUUUUUAUACAUAGAAAAGGCGACGGAGCAUGGGAUAAUGGAUAUGGUACAAUGAAACCUAAAAAUUUGAUAUCCAGUAUCUUAGGUGGUACACCAGGCAAGCCAAAAUCUAUAGUCAUUUCAAAUCCACAUGAUUUUAGGCAGGUAUCUGCAAUUAUUGAUGUCGACAUACUGCCAGAAACCUGUCGACGUGUACGUCUAUUAAAACAUGGAUCUGAUAAACCUUUGGGAUUUUAUAUCAAGGAUGGUGAAAGCUAUCGCGUACUGCCGCCGUCUGCUGGUGGUGGAAUUGAGAAGGUUCCAGGUGUAUUCAUUAGUAGAUUGGUACCGGGUGGCUUAGCAGAAAGUACAGGGCUUCUAGCUGUGAAUGAUGAGGUUUUGGAAGUAAACGGUAUAGAAGUUGCAGGAAAAACGCUCGAUCAGGUGACAGAUAUGAUGAUAGCGAAUUCCUCUAAUCUCAUCAUCACUGUCAAGCCGGCAAAUCAGAGGGCAGCGUUAACAGCACCUCGCCGUGGUUCAUUCUCACGCAACAGUCAAUUGUCGUCAGGAAGUCGUCAGUCUACGCAGAGUGCCGGUAGCGAUGAAGAGGCAGACGAGAUUGUCGAUCUUACAGGCAUGACGAUGCAAGACGAUGCUUCUGCGUCGUCCACUCAACACCAUCACUAUCACCAUCAUCAUCAUCAAAAUUAUGAUCAGGGUGUACUGCACCUGUAGGGUAACGCGUUUUGUAUUUACAAACUAUAGAAUAGCAGUAGAUAAUUCGUUACAAAAUAUCGAAAUAUAAGCAUGUAGGAAAACGAGAUACAUAAUAGUGAAAGGAAGAUAAUUUCUACACAGUAUUAUGAGAAUUGUGUAUGACUGAUACUCUGAGGUGAUGCUCCGCGAAUUCUAGGAUUAAGUGAACUUGUAUCUCGAUACUUCGUAACUAGUUGUCUAUUGCUUUGGGACGUCAUGUAUUAGGCAGAUUAGACUACACUAGCGCGAAGAAGAAUAUAAAUUUUGCUGCCUGACAAAUAACGUUCCAAAAGCAAUUGUGGCCUUACAUAAUAUAUCAUUCCCGCUAGUUUAAAAAAAUGAUAGAAAAAGAAGUGUUCCGUUAUAAUGCAGCCACACGCCUAUUCGUGUAUCUAUUUCGUCCACACCACCGCAUGUUUAGACUGUUGAAGUUUUCGAAUUUUAAUUUCAUUUUUAUCUAUGUUAUCUGUUAUCCAAUUGCGGACUAAGGAUUGAAGGGUAAUGCUUUUUAGGACGGUAAGUAUCAAUAGAAACGUCAGGAAAAACGAUUGUAUUUUUAUGUGUGUAAAAUAUUGUUCUUUGCGUGCCUUCAUCAAAGUGGAAUUAAUAUGUUAGGGAAUGUUAAAUUCCAAUUAUAUUUACAUCGUUGAAAACAUUGAUGAGGAGACACCGUUUCUAAGAUAUCUAUACUGCCUUAGUAGUUACAUGAGUCCAUUUUUAUAUACGCUCAAGCCCACUUUUUCUACUUAAUUCGAAAAGACAUGUACAUAUAUAAAUAUAUACAAAGAUAUAUGUAUUUAUAAUAUUCUAGAUAUUUUUCUAUUGAAUAUAUUUUUUUCGUAAUCGCAAAUCUAUCACUUGGACUUCCGCAAUAAGCGUUAUUUUUAACGGGUCAUAUUUGUGCAUCAUUGUCAAAUUACUAAUCGCAUUAAUUGCAUUAUUAAUUCCACGAUAUCGCUGAGAUAUAUUUCUUUUUAAUUCUAAUGUUCUUAUCUUACACCGUCUGUUCAUGCAUCAUAGAUCAUGUAUAAUAUUUAAAAAAUAAUAUCUUUUCGAAAAAGAUAUUUAUGGUAUGUGAGUUCAAGAAAGAGAGCGAAAGAGUGCGCGCGCGCGAGAGAGAGAGUGCUUGAACAAGAGUAUGAAUUGAACAAUUAGUAUUAUUGUAAGAUAAUCAUUUUAAGUUUAAUUUGUAUGUAUUUCCGCUCGAAGCGAGGAAUCACUUUUGUACUUAACCAAAUGGAAUACGGAUUAGAUACGUUUGCAAGAAGUACUUAUUCGUCUAUAUACUAAGUGCUUUAUUGAGCACUGUAGUUGUUACUUGGAGGGAGUGCUAAAUUAGCGUUUGUGAAAUGAAAUUAGAUAUAUUUUUAACACGGUACGUCGCAUUGUACUCCUUAGUGCGGAUAAGAGGUAGUGUGUUAAUGAAUUACGAGGACGAAAAUAUACUUAUUAACGCUGUAAUUCUUUUUAAU